AUGACGUUGGCACCUGCUGCAAUGUCUCACCAACCACGAAGAUGCGCGGCCGCCUACAUCAACGACGACGACAGGAGUUGGGAUGUCGACGACGACGACGGCUCCUUCUCCGUCGUCUCGACGGCGCCCGACGUCGAGGCCGUCUUCACGCCGACCGUCGCGAGCCAUGAGACGGACGAGUUCGACCUGUUCCCCAUGGAGGUGGACGCCCAGGCCGACGACCGCCGCUCGCAGAUGUCGUGCGGCCAGUCGACGUCGGUGCCGCCGAGCGUCUACGAGGACGAGGUGGCCUACGGCCGCCGCUAUCACGGGUACCGAAAGGGCCGGUACCCGCUGCCCAACGACCGGCAGGAGCAGCAGCGGGAGGAGACGAACCACGCGAUGAUGCUGGAGCUUACCGGCGGCCACCUCUUCUACGCCGACGUCGGCCAGCACCCGCAAAAGAUAAUCGACAUCGGAACCGGCACCGGAAGCUGGGCCAUCGACGUGGCCGACGUCUACCCCAGCGCCAGCGUCAUCGGCACCGACCUGUCCGCCAUCCAGCCCAAGUGGGUUCCCGUCAACGUCCGCAUGUUUGUCGACGACUGCGAGGAGCCCGACUGGCUCCACGGCUCCAACUACGACCUCGUCCACUUCCGGGGCAUGGCCGGCAUCCUGCGCGACGUCUCGGCCGUCCUGCGGAAGACGCACCCGCGCGUCCGGAACGGGGGCUGGGUCGAGUUUCAAGAAGUCAUCCCCCAGAUACACUGCGACGACGGCACCAUGGCUCCCGACGACCCGCUCCGCAUAUUCUACGACUCGGCCGUCCAGGGCUUGCGCGCCUUCGGCUGCGAUCCCAUGCGCACGACGGAGCUCGAGGACAUACUCGACCGCGCCGGCUUCACCAACAUCCGGUGCGUCGUCAAGAGGGUCCCCAUCGGCACCUGGCCGCGCGACAAGCACCUCAAGACGCUCGGCCUCUUCAUGAAGACCAUCAUACUCGACUCCCUCGACGCCCUGGCGGCGAAGCCCCUGGCGGCCCUGAACAUCCCCCACUACGAGAGGAUAGAGCUCGUGCGGCUCGUGAGGAGGAGCCUCGAGGACAAGAACAUCCACCGCUACGUCAACUGCUGCUUCUGCUACGGCCAGAAGAAGGAGCAGUACAUGUCCGAGUCGGGGCAUUACUUUUGA